GCUUGGCUGGGGGGCUUUGCCCUUUCGCCCUCCCCUCGUUUUUGAUAACGUGUUUUCUGUCUUCCAGAAUAGGAGGUGAGAAGGUCCUCCUCCUCUCGGCGUCGGCCUGGGGGUUCCUCACCGUCCUCACCCCGCUGCUCACCCACGUCACUUCUGCCCACCUCCUUUUUAUGACCUCCUCCAGGUUCCUCAUGGGGUUGCUGCAAGGGGUGUAUUUCCCGUCCCUGGCCAGCCUGCUGUCCCAGAAGGUCCGGGAGGGCGAGCGAGCCUUCACCUACAGCACAGUGGGGACUGGCUCGCAGUUUGGGACGCUGGUGAUCGGCGGUGCAGGGUCUCUCCUCCUGGACUGGUACGGCUGGGAGAGCGUUUUCUACUUCUCUGGUUUGCUCACUUUGCUCUGGGUUUACUGCACCUGCAAGUAUCUCCUGAGUGAGAAAGAACUCAUCAUCCCCAUAGAUUAUUUAAUGAGAGGCCUCUCGAUAUCCAAGCAGACCAAAGUUCCCUGGAAGCAGCUGUUUAAGAAGGCACCGAUAUGGGCUGUCAUCAUCGCUCAGCUUUCGACGGCCAGCACGUUUUUCACUCUUCUUUCCUGGCUGCCAACUUUCUUUAAGGAAACUUUCCCCGAGUCGAAGGGUUGGGUGUUUAAUGUAGUCCCCUGGCUGGUUGCAAUUCCAACGAGCUUGUUCAGUGGAUUUCUGUCUGAUCAUUUAAUCAGCCAGGGGUACAAAACCAUCACCAUUCGUAAGUUCAUGCAGGUCAUUGGCUCCGGCGUCUCAAGCAUUUUUGCUUUGUGCCUGGGCCAGACCUCCAGUUUUUGCAAAGCGAUAGUGUUCGCCUCCGCCUCUGUCGGACUUCAGACCUUUAACCACAGUGGCAUUUCAGUAAACGUACAGGAUCUGGCCCCGUCGUGCGCCGGCUUACUGUUCGGUGUUGGGAAUACAGGUGGAGCCCUCCUAGGUGUCGUUUGCGUGUACUUGGCUGGCUACUUGAUUGAAACGACUGGCUCCUGGGUUUCUGUUUUCAACCUGGUGGCUGCUGUUAACAGCGUUGGCCUCUGUGCCUUCCUCAUGUUUGGAGAGGCGCAGAGGGUGGACACAGACUCUACAUAUAUGGACCUCUAG